AUGCCAGCUCAAUUACAUGAUAUUGAAGCCAAUCACGUCGACAAAUUGGUCAACACCUUGAUUCAAAACUUGAUCAGCAUCAAAGAUGAAAGUGGAAAAUUUUUAAUGAAGAUUCCCGAUGGACGUAUUAUAGAUACAAAAGGAUGGAUCACAGGAUGGGAAUGGACGCAUGGGAUUGGUCUUUAUGGAAUGUGGCAUUAUUAUGAGCUUAAAAAUGAUCCUGAGAUUUUAAAGCACAUAGAAAAUUGGUUUGAAGUACAGAUGUUUGGUCCAGAAGGUACUACAUCGAAGAAUAUUAACACUAUGGCAGUUUUUUUGCCCUUAUCGUAUAUUUACGAAAGGCAUGGAACUAAGAAAUACUUGCCCUAUUUAGAUGCCUGGGGCGAAUGGGCAAUGUAUGAUCUACAAAAAACAAAAUGUGGUGGGUUCCAGCAUACAACAUACCUUACAGAGAAUUACGAUCAGAUGUGGGAUGAUACCUUGAUGAUGACCAUAAUGCCCCUUGCAAAAAUAGGCUUAUUAUUAGAUAGACCUUAUUAUGUCGAGGAAGCUAAAAAACAAGUUCUUCUCCAUAUUAAAUACCUUUCUGACAGAAAAACAGGUUUGUGGUUUCAUGGUUAUACUUUUGAUGGCAACCACAACUUUGCAAAUGCUUUGUGGGCAAGGGGAAAUUCCUGGGUCACUAUCGUUAUCCCUGAGUUUAUCGAGCUAUUAGAAUUGAGACCAGGUGACUAUUUAAGGGAUUUCUUAGCUGAAACACUUGAAGCGCAAGUUUCCAAAUUAUCAGAGGUUCAAGACGAGCAUUCUGGAUUAUGGCAUACCUUAUUGGAUGAUCCUUCAUCUUAUUUAGAAUCCUCUGCAACAGCUGGUUUUGCCUAUGGAAUUUUAAAGGGAAUCAGAAUGAGAAUUUUAGAUUCUAAAUAUAAAAGCGUUGCCAUAAAAGCAAUUAAGGGGGUGAUUGGACAGAUAGAUGAGAAAGGCGAGUUAUUGAACACUUCAUUUGGGACUGGUAUGGGUGACACUUUACAAUUCUACAAGGACAUUUCUUUAACUUCAAUGCCAUAUGGGCAAGCUAUGGCAAUUAUGGCUUUGGUAGAAUUUUCUAAACUCUAUUUGUAA